AAAGGCUAGUUUCUUCUGGUCUCAUCAAGUUUUUUCAAGGAAUUAUGUGUACUGAAAGCGCUUGUGAACUUUGUGACGCACAUCCUUUCUAAUGCCGACUUGAUCUGGAAAAUCGAUUUUGCAUGUUUUCCAAAUAAAAAUACGCAAAUCAAUAUUCUCUGGGUGAUGCAAGUAGAUUAUCACUGUCUGUGCUCCUUAGAUCGACUGGUACGAGCUAGGAUAAAAAAAAAUUGUUCAAACUGCUGAGUCUGGACCACAGAACAUGUGAAUUUGUUCUUUCGUUGACCAUGAUGACUUUUGUUUAGAAAUGUCGGGACAUUGUGAGGAUAUCAGGCUUCAUCGAGUGAAAGAGAUUGCUGAUGGUGACGAUUUGAGUCAGAGGAGUACCGAAAGUAGCGAGAGCACCGGAGAUGACCGAGCGCAGUGGGGCGGGAAAUUAGAAUUCCUCCUGACGUGUGUUGGUUAUGCCGUUGGCUUGGGAAAUGUUUGGCGGUUUCCAUAUCUCUGUUACAGGAAUGGCGGAGGUGCAUUUCUUAUCCCUUACACUAUUAUGCUGGCUUUGGUGGGAUUGCCCCUGUUUUAUCUUGAAGUCGCCAUUGGCCAGUAUGCCAGUUUGGGACCUAUCUCUGUAUGGAGAAUAAAUCCUUUGUUUAAAGGUGUUGGAUACGCCAUGGUCAUCGUUUCUUGGUUGAUAGGACUUUACUACAAUGUUAUUAUAUCCCACGUGCUGUACUAUUUGGUCGCUUCGUUCACUUCGGAACUCCCCUGGACUACAUGCAAUAACGAGUGGAACACUCCCUUCUGCAGAGAAUACGAUUAUAGCAACCAGCAAACGAUAGGAAACAGCACUCUGAACUCGACCUUAGUGAAUUUCACGGUUAUAGAGAACACUACUGCAAUACAUCACAGCCUCAUAACCACACCCAGCGAGGAGUAUUACAACCGCCACGUCCUUGGAAAAUCCUCAGGAUUAGAUGAGUUCGGCUCGGUUCAGCCAUAUCUGGUCUUAACUCUGCUAGCAGCAUGGGUAAUUGUGUACCUAACACUCUUGAAGGGAAUACAAUCACUCGGAAAGGUUGUGUAUUUCACCGCCAUUUUCCCCUACGUCAUGCUGAUCGUUCUCAUGUUCCGGGGUGUUACACUUCCGGGCGCUGCCGAUGGUAUAGUAUACUACCUUAAACCAGACUUUGCAAAACUCUUGGAACCACGUGUUUGGAGCGACGCCUGUACACAGAUAUUUUACUCACUCAGUGCAUGCUCAGGAGGGCUGAUCGCCAUGUCCAGCUACAACAAAUUUAAGAACAACUGCUAUCGUGACGCAUUAAUUGUUUGCAUCAUCAACUGUGGUACAAGCGUCUUUGCUGGUUUUGUCAUCUUCUCUAUUUUGGGUUUCAUGGCCCAGGAAAAGAAUGUACCCGUUUCUGAGGUUGCACAAGGAGGACCAGGGCUGGCUUUCAUCGUAUAUCCCGAAGCCUUGUCACGUCUUCCAGUUGCGCCUAUGUGGGCUGUUCUCUUCUUCAUAAUGAUGGCAACCCUCGGUUUUGGCUCAGAGUUCUCAAUCGUGGAAUGUGUACUUAGCGCCCUGACGGACGUGUUUCCUCAAAUUCAGCCCAGAAAAUUCAACAUUAUAUUCCGCACUGUGUUCACAGCAUUCAGCUUCUUAUUGGGACUUCCGAUGGUUUGCAAGGGUGGAAUUUAUCUACUGAACUUGGUAGACUUCAGUGUUGGCGGAUUUCCCCUGUUAGUUGUCGGACUCUUUGAAUUAAUGGCAAUCAGCUGGAUCUACGGAUAUAACAGAUUUUCUGACAAUAUUUAUUCCAUGCUUGGAAGCAGACCGAGUAAAUACUGGGAAAUUUGUUGGAAGUUUAUAUCAAUUUUAGUAAUAGCUGUCACAGUCUUAAUGAAUAUUGUUAUGUACUCCGAGCCCGAUCUUGACGGACAGACAUAUCCUGCAUGGGCCAAAUCUCUCGGCUGGCUAAUCGUAAUGUUUCCUAUUAUCGUCAUUCCAUUGUGGUUCCUUGCCAAAUACUGCACCGAUGGCGGAUGGAAGUUAUUACGUGAAGGUGUCAAACCGUUGAAGUCUUGGGGACCCUCAGAAGCCAACAAGAAAUUUGAAUAUAGGGACAAUGGAGUGACGUACAGAUCUGACCGUAGCGCUUUCGCUAAGCUGAUGAGCAGUAAUUUAUCCAAUAUGACAACUAAUACUACGUUAUCAGACUUUCCCUUCAGUUCUUCCAAUGUACUUAACGGCCCCGAUAUGGCUUGAUGACGGGUGACCAUAGAAACAAACAUGUCUGUGAUGCUGAUUUUUUUGUUUUGUUCUGGUGUGAACUGUUGAAGGUGUGAAGUAUAUAGUGGUAGUUGUGUUAAUGUAAUGAUCAUUUUCACACACAUCUGCAUAUACCCAUACGACAAUUUUAGGGGUUUAGAAGCGUAAUAAAAUGUUGUAGUGCGAGUGGAAUUUGAGAUAAAGAUGAACGGAACGAAUGAAUGGUUAGUCUGGAGUUUCCCGGGACUUAUUAUUUUCUUGCAGCAAACUUGUCAAAUCAAGAUAUGAGUCCACUAGCUAAGGGUGUUUGGAUGUUAUAGUUGCAUAUCCUGGUCCUCAAUCCGAAACUCGAUCUGACAAUAUACAGCAAAUAUGUUGCAAUGACGUCACAUGAUCUACACAUAUCAUCAUCCGCCAUCUUAAUUUAUGACCAUGUAUCAUCGAGGUUUCGUAUCUUAAUUUAUGACCAUGUAUCAUCGAGGUUUCGUAUCUUAAUUUAUGACCAUGUAUCAUGGAGGUUUUGCAUCUUAAUUCAUGACUCAUAUAUCACCGAGGUUAAAUAAAUAAUUAUCAGAUUUUUUUUAUGAAACAAUAUUUUUAGUCAAUAUUUUAUUUUAUCUCCACGAGUGUUCAGUGUA